AUGGCAACCGGAUUGUCUAAUCUGUUCUAUGACUCUGGUGUAUAUGGCGCCGCUUUGGGUGCGUUCGUCUUAUGGCGCGUUCUUGUGAACCCUCGGAGAGUCAAACCGGAUGUUCCCGUCGUUGGCAGUCGAGUUCUCUUUGGCUGGGUGACUGCUGUUAAAUCGAUACUCGGCAGCAAGCAAUUACUGGAGGAAGGUUAUCGGAAGUAUAAGGACCGCACCUUUGAGUUUCCUGGAUUCUUUGCUCCGACGUACGUUGUCUCCAGCCCGGAACUGAUAACGGAAGUCCGUCGAGCUUCGGACAAAGACCUCUCUUUCUGGACGGAGCUUGUGGAGGCACAUGGGAUGCGCUAUACAUUCACUGAAAACAUGGCAGACGACUCUUGGCAUUUCGCACUCCUACACAGGACGCUGUCAUCAUCCCACGUAGACGCCCUAUUUCCGGACGUUAUCGAUGAGAUGAGAUACGCGUUCGACAAGGUAUUCGCAGUGCCGGAAAGCGGAGGAAAGAGCAUCAAGUUUUACGAUUCGAUUCUGGAGCUUGUGGUCCGUAUCAACAACAGGAUGCUCGUUGGGCUUCCAUUAUGUCGAAGUGACGACUACACGAAGUACAGCUGCACCUUCUUGAAAAGAACUGCAACAUCAGCAUUCUAUCUCUCCAUGCUGCCUGAGCGGCUGAGAGCUCCUGUGGUUUGGCUGUUUGGAAUGAGGAAGCCAAUCAACGAAGGAGGAAGAUACCUUGCUCCUGUCAUCGAUGAGCGCCGGAAAGCGGGACAGGAGGAAGAAAACCCUAACGAUUUCCUACAAGCCAUGAUCGACAACGCUCCACCAAAUUGUCAAGAUGCACAAGAGCUCGCUGUACGAUUGGUGUCCACGAACCUCGCGAGUACGCACACCACCGCGUUGCCAUUUACCAGGGUAUUCUAUGAUCUGCUCGCACAUCCGGAAUGCCUUGAACCCCUCCGAGAAGAAGCCAAGUCCGCUAUCGUGGACUACGGAUGGACAAGUGAAGGCAUAAGAGCAAUGGUCAAAUUGGACAGCUUCUUCAAGGAGUCGAUGAGGUACCGGGGCAUCCAACUAACGAGCUUGAACCGUCAUGUUAUGCGGCCCACGCUUUUGUCGGAUGGCAUUCUCCUCCCUGCUGGUGCCAGUCUCGUCGCGGAUGCAUGGGGAGUCCACCACGACCCGGAGCUGUAUCCGGAGCCUGACACCCUGGAUCCCUGGCGAUUCUCGAGGAAGAUUGAGCAAGGUGACAGUGUCGUCCACAACGCUUUCUGGACAUCUAGCACCGACUAUCUUGUGUGGGGUCACGGGGCACACGCUUGCGCAGGGAGAUUCUUUGCGACCUCGGUUCUCAAAGCAGUCAUGGCCUACAUUCUAUUGACAUACGACUUCAAAUUGCCCGAUGGAGAAAAAGAGCCUAAGCUGGACACGUGCAUUUCGGUAGCGGCGUUGCCGCCCAUGAAGGGCAAAUUCGACUUCCUUCAGUGGAUGAUGGACGCUGCUGAAGGGGAUCAGGCCAAGCCACACGACCUGAACCUGCGGAUACUGGGGGUGAACUUCGCCGCUACGCACACUUCUACCAUGACAUGA